CAAGGGGCCAUUGUGUCAUUGUGCAGUCCUAUGAAACCAUUUUGACACUGCAAGGCCUCAGGGAAGCAAGGGGCCAUUGUGCCACUGCAGAGCCAAGGAGAACAUUGUGAUAUUGCUGGGCCUCAUGGAAACAAAGAUCUGUUGUGAUACUGUGGGGCCUCAUGGAACCAAGGGAGGGAGAUAAUGGCCACCAGGAAAAGCUUCAAAAAUACAUUUCUGCUGAGGAGCAGCUCCUUUCACAGCCCAGCAGGGCUCAGGGCACUGCCUGCAGGCACUGAGGGGACAGGAGCCAGGCACAGACAGGCUAAAGGCAAUCAGCACUGGGAAGACAUUGAGCUGAGACUUUACUUGGGGAAACAUCUUCACAGCCCUGGACAUGUGCAUGAUGCCCAGAGACAGCAAAUGUCCAACAGCAGCUCCAUCAGCCACUUCCUCCUGCUGCCAUUGGCAGACACGCGGCAGCUGCAGCUCCUGCACUUCUGCCUCUUCCUGGGCAUCUCCCUGGCUGCCCUCCUGGGCAACGGCCUCAUCAUCAGCGCCGUAGCCUGCGGCCACCACCUGCACACCCCCAUGUUCUUCUUCCUGCUCAACCUGGCCCUCACUGACCUGGGCUGCAUCUGCACCACUGUGCCCAAAGCCAUGCACAAUUCCCUCUGGGACACCAGGAACAUCUCCUACUCAGGGUGUGCUGCACAGCUGUUUUUCUUUAUGUUCUUCAUUUCAUCAGAGUAUUAUCUCCUGACCGUCAUGUGCUACGACCGCUACGUGUCCAUCUGCAAACCCCUGCACUACGGGACCCUCCUGGGCAGCAGAGCUUGUGCCCACAUGGCAGCAGCUGCCUGGGCCAGUGCCUUUCUCAAUUCUCUGCUGCACACAGUCAAUACAUUUUCCCUGCCCCUGUGUCAUGGCAAUGCCCUGGGCCAGUUCUUCUGUGAAGUUCCACAGAUCCUCAAGCUCUCCUACUCACACUCUUACCUCAGGGAAGUUUGGCUUAUCAUGAUUAGUGUUGGUUUAGGAUUUAGUUGUUUUGUGUUCAUUGUUUUCUCCUAUGUGCAGAUCUUCAGGGUUGUGCUGAGGAUCCCCUCUGAGCAGGGACGGCACAAAGCCUUUUCCACCUGCCUCCCUCACCUGGCUGUGGUCUCUCUUUUCAUCUGCACUGCAGUGUUUGCUCACCUGAAGCCCCCCUCCAUCUCCUCCCCAUCCCUGGAUCUGGCAGUUUCAGGUCUGUACUUGGUGGUGCCUCCAGUCCUGAACCCCGUCAUCUACAGUCUGAGGAACCAGGAGCUCAAGGUUGCAGUGGGGACAAUGAUGACUGGAUGGUUUAAGAAACAGUAAACUGCUUGCCAAUUUUUGCAAAUCACUUGUAAUAAAAGUAAUCUUUGAUAUUU